UAUCCCUUCAAAUUUGAUAAAAAUGAUCAACAUUUCUCCACACAACUUAGUAAGUUGUCACGCGGAACACGUCUUUUUAUGGUUCGGCUCAUCAUCUCUACUCUCCAGACCAAACAUUCUUCAACAAGAAGCUAAAUCUUCCGAUUCCGAUUUUCGAGUGAAGAAAAAUGGCCACCUUCAAAGUUUCGCGCAUUGAUACCAAACCUUAUGAUGGUCAAAAACCAGGCACUUCUGGUCUUCGGAAGAAGGUCAAAGUUUUUGCACAACCUCAUUACUUACAAAAUUUUGUUCAAGCCACUUUCAAUGCCCUCACAGCUGAUAGGAUUAAAGGUAAAACACUUGUUGUUUCAGGCGAUGGACGUUAUUACUCCAAAGAUGCUAUCCAGAUAAUUAUUAAGAUGUCUGCUGCAAAUGGAGUCAAACGUGUUUGGGUUGGUCAAAGUGGGUUGCUUUCAACGCCUGCUGUGUCAGCUGUCAUACGUGAAAGAGUUGGAAAAGAUGGAUCUAAGGCUUCUGGGGCGUUCAUAUUAACUGCUAGUCACAAUCCUGGAGGCCCUACUGAGGACUUUGGAAUAAAGUAUAAUAUGGAAAAUGGAGGACCUGCUCCAGAGGGAGUCACUGACAAGAUUUAUGAGAACUCAACUACCAUAAAGGAGUACCUGAUUGCUGAAGAUCUACCUGAUGUUGAUAUCUCUAAAAUAGGCUCAACCAGCUUCUCUGGGCCCGAUGGAGAGUUCGAGGUUGAAAUCUUUGAUUCAACUGAUACCUACGUGAAGUUGAUGAAGUCAAUUUUUGAUUUUGAGGCAAUUAAAAAGCUGCUUGCAUGUCCGAAAUUUACAUUCUGUUAUGAUGCUCUUCAUGGAGUUGCUGGUGUUUAUGCUAAGCGUAUUUUUAUAGAAGAACUUGGUGCUAGUGAGAGUUCACUGUUGAAUUGUACACCAAAGGAAGAUUUUGGGGGUGGGCAUCCUGAUCCUAACUUGACUUACGCAAAGGAGUUAGUUCAACGCAUGGGAUUGAGUAAAUCAAACUCAGAAAGUGAACCGCCUGAAUUUGGUGCUGCUGCUGAUGGUGAUGCUGACCGUAAUAUGAUCCUUGGUAAAAGGUUUUUUGUGACCCCAUCAGAUUCUGUUGCUAUUAUUGCUGCUAAUGCAGUAGAAGCAAUUCCAUACUUCUCUGGUGGUCUGAAGGGAGUUGCCAGGAGCAUGCCUACUUCUGCUGCUCUGGAUGUUGUUGCUAAAGCUCUAAAUUUGAAGUUCUUUGAGGUGCCCACUGGCUGGAAAUUUUUUGGUAAUCUGAUGGAUGCAGGACAAUGUUCAGUGUGUGGUGAAGAGAGUUUCGGAACUGGCUCUGAUCAUGUACGUGAAAAGGAUGGAAUUUGGGCUGUAUUGGCCUGGCUAUCUAUUCUUGCUCAGAAGAACAAAUAUAAACUCGACGGUGAAAAGCUUGUGACUGUUGAAGACAUUGUUCGUCAGCAUUGGGCCACCUAUGGUCGGCACUAUUACACAAGAUAUGAUUAUGAGAAUGUUGACGCAGGUGGUGCAAAAGAACUAAUGGCACAUUUGGUCAAUCUGCAAUCAGAUCUUCCUCAAGUUAACAAGAUUGUGAAGAAAGUAAAUUCAGCAGUGUCCAAUGUGAUUAAUGCUGAUGAGUUUGAAUACACUGAUCCUGUUGAUGGUUCAAUUUCUAAGCAUCAGGGUAUUCGCUAUCUGUUUGAAGAUGGCUCACGAUUGGUAUUCCGCCUUUCUGGAACUGGCUCUGAGGGAGCGACAAUCCGUGUGUACAUUGAACAAUAUGAAAAUGACUCCUCAAAAACUGGCAGAGAUUCUCAAGAAGCACUUAAACCUCUUGUGGAAGUUGCUCUAGAGCUUUCUAAGAUGCAAGAAUUCACUGGGAGGUCUGAGCCAACUGUUAUCACAUAAUCGCAAAUUUCCGAGAUGGAUGGUGCCUCCCUUAUUGAGCCCAAGGUUUUGCCUCUUUUCUUAGGAGGCAAUAGUACUUUUUCUAUACCAUAUUUUCCGAAUCAAACUCAGUUUUAAUGAUCAGCGAUAUAAUUGUAUAAGAGGGAGCUCAUUGCUGAACAGCUUUGAGUUCCAGAGUUGACAGUAGGCAACUCUAGUGGAGAUGUGUCCUUUGCUCGAGUUCAUGAGUUGACACUCAAUGAAGGAAUAUCAAAAUAAUUUUACUUAUACUUCUAUAUGAAAAUUAGCUUUUACUUU